CCGCAGCUGGGUCCUGGAGCGGAGCCUAGGAGCCCUGGGGUGUCUCAAAGUUUGUGUCUGGAGCUGUAGCGGCAAGUGGGUUUGCGGCGAAGGGAUUUUCCUGGGAUGAGAGUGGGUCUCCUGCCUUCAUUUUGGAUGCACAUCCCGCUUUAGCCCCGGCAGCCUUUGGUCCGGCCCGUGUCCCUGGGGAUUCUCGGAUCUCCGAGGACACCGGACGGGAGCGCUUGGCCAUCCUCUCUCCGGCAGAAGAGCAGACGUUUGCCUUCCAAGUGCAAAACUACACACACGCGCGCGCACACACGCACGCACACGCGGAAAGAGAGGAACCUCGCCGGUCCGAGGCAGCUCUGCGCGUCCCCUCUGCGCUUAGCAUCCUCGGCCCAGCGCGGCCCGCACCGCCAUGGAGGUGCUGGAGAGCGGGGAGCAGGGCGUGCUGCAGUGGGACCGCAAGCUGAGCGAGCUGUCAGAGCCCGGGGACGGCGAGGCCCUCAUGUACCACACGCACUUCUCAGAACUUCUGGAUGAGUUUUCCCAGAACGUCUUGGGUCAGCUCCUGAAUGACCCUUUCCUCUCAGAGAAGAGUGUGUCAAUGGAGGUGGAACCUUCCCCGACGUCCCCGGCGCCUCUCAUCCAGGCUGAGCACAGCUACUCCCUGUGCGAGGAGCCUCGGGCCCAGUCGCCCUUCACCCACGUUACCACCAGUGACAGCUUCAAUGACGAUGAGGUGGAAAGUGAGAAAUGGUACCUGUCUACAGACUUCCCUUCAACAACCAUCAAGACAGAGCCAAUUACAGACGAACCACCCCCAGGACUCGUUCCGUCUGUCACUCUGACGAUCACAGCCAUCUCCACCCCGUAUGAAAAGGAGGAACCUCCUCUGGAAAUGAAUACUGGGGUUGAUUCCUCGUGCCAGACCAUUAUUCCUAAAAUUAAGCUGGAGCCUCAUGAAGUGGAUCAGUUUCUAAACUUCUCUCCUAAAGAAGCCCCAGUGGACCACCUGCAUUUACCGCCCACCCCCCCGAGCAGUCACGGCAGUGACUCAGAGGGCAGCCUGAGUCCCAACCCACGCCUGCACCCCUUCAGUCUGCCUCAGACCCACAGCCCCUCCAGAGCUGCACCCCGGGCCCCCUCCGCCCUCUCCAGCUCCCCUCUUCUCACGGCUCCUCAUAAACUGCAGGGAUCAGGCCCUCUGGUCCUGACAGAGGAGGAAAAGAGGACCCUGAUCGCUGAGGGCUAUCCCAUCCCCACCAAAUUGCCCCUGUCAAAAUCAGAGGAGAAGGCCCUGAAGAAAAUUCGGCGGAAGAUCAAGAAUAAGAUUUCUGCCCAAGAAAGUAGGAGAAAGAAGAAAGAAUACAUGGACAGCCUGGAGAAAAAAGUGGAGUCUUGUUCAACUGAGAACUUGGAGCUUCGGAAGAAGGUAGAGGUUUUAGAGAACACUAACAGGACUCUCCUUCAGCAACUCCAGAAGCUUCAGACUUUGGUGAUGGGCAAGGUUUCUCGAACCUGCAAGUUAGCCGGCACGCAGACUGGCACCUGCCUCAUGGUUGUGGUGCUGUGCUUUGCUGUUGCAUUCGGCAGCUUCUUUCAAGGCUAUGGGCCCUAUCCUUCUGCCACCAAGAUGGCUCUGCCCAGCCAGCAUUCCCUGCAGGAGCCCUACACAGCCUCCGUGGUGAGAUCCAGGAACCUGCUGAUCUAUGAGGAACAUUCUCCCCAAGAAGAGCUGUCCAGCCCAGGCUCAGCUGGGGAGCUGGGGGGCUGGGACAGAGGUUCCUCCCUGCUCAGGGUGUCAACGCUGGAGUCCAGGCCGGAUGUGGAUCUUCCCCAUUUCAUUAUCUCGAAUGAGACCAGCCUGGAGAAGUCAGUGCUCUUGGAGCUGCAGCAGCACCUGGUCAGCGCCAAACUGGAGGGAAAUGAAACACUAAAAGUUGUAGAACUCGACAGAAGAGUGAACACCACUUUCUAAAGAGGCUGCCUGCACCCCGUCCUUUCCCUUAACUCUACUUUUACAUCCCCAAACCACCUUUGUCAUCAGCUUUUCCUCUUUGCCACCGGAUCUUCAUGAAGACAUGGGCAAGCAUUAGUGGCUUCAGAUGGGAGGCCAGCCUGGGACUUGCCCUGCAGUGAGAGAGCAUCUCCCCCUGGUCCAUGCCCCUCCUGUGCAGAAGGAAGCCUGCAUCCCUCCCUUCCUUUCUCUUACUGCCAUAGGAAAUUAUUUUAGGGGCUGGAAGUGGGACAAGCAGGCUUGUUUCCACCAACAGUGCCAAAAAGAUACUGCCUAAUGUGCACCUGUGAGGCGUGAUCUGCUCCCGCUUUGGAGACGAGAUGGCUCUUGUUCAGUCAAGACCCCAGACUCUGGCCACAAAAAUGCCAUGAUGCCUGUUGGUAUUUGGCAAAGCACUGACCCCUGUCCUCCCUUGCUCGCACUGGGGUCUCCCAUGUGAACGUACCCGAUGGCAGCCCUCCACCCACUCUGCCCUCUGGGAGCCCUCGCUGGAUUGUCUUCUGCACCAGCACUGGCAGACGAGGGCUCCCGUUCAUAUUCUCAGGCCGCAAGUGCAAUGCCUGAGGGGAUCAGGCUUUUCUACUCCAGGCAAACCUGCCCCAUCUUGUCGCUUUUAGGACCUCCCACAACCUGGUUCCCCACACAUCCAUAGUUCUGCCUCCCUGGCUUCUCCUCCCCACUUGUAAAUAGUAUUUAUUAGCUUGCCGAGGCUUCCUGCUAGCAACCACACUGAAGAGAUCAGUGCCUCCUUUCAAGCUAGCCAAGUUUUCUGCUAGCCUUCAGAGCGAGGAGGGCACCUUAGGCUCUGGGAUCCCCUGUCUUUCCAGACAAUGUUUUGUUUCCUUUCCUUUUUUUUUUUUUCUUUUAACUGGAAUAAUAACCAUUGAAAAAGAAGUUCCCUUAAGCAUGUAUAUGUCUGCCUCUAGGAUGAGCUCAGAGCGAGAGAUGGCACCAUGCCUCGCUCAGGCCCGGGGCUCCCUGGCCACAAGCUUUUUCUAUCCUGUUUUCGUGACAGAGAAGGGAAGCCCUGUUCCUGACAACAGACUUUUCAGACAGCCUUGCUGGCUUGUCUUUCCACACCUGCCUGGCCCCCUCCUCCCUCCACACUUCCACUUUGUCCUCCUCGUCCCCUGCCUGCACAAAGCAUGGUGGGGUGGGUGACAUUUGUGUAUCCACAUUCUUACCUUUGAUAGUCAGGUUUGGCUACUUUGCAGCUCGCCCAAAGAGAUACAACGUAACCCCCAACCUACUUUUAGUUUUUUUUUUUUUUUUUUUUUUUAAUGAUUAAAAGUAACUUUUGUAGUUUAAAAAAAUCUUUCCUCUUUCAUACAAAUAAGAAAUGGAAAUUGCCUUUUUAUUGUAUAAUGUAGAAGACCCUCAAGUGUUUUUUUCCCAGCUUAGGAAAGAUUUUGUGUAAGAAAUAUGCAUAGAGUUUGUAUUUUAUUUUUAGGAGCAGCUGAAAUGCCUUUGGUUUUGGCUUCUCUUUCUCUCUCUCACUCGCUCGCUCUCUCUCUCCCCUUCUCUCUCUCUCUCCCCUCCACCACACACACGUCAUCUGCAUUGUUAUUGGAGCCUGUACUUAGAGGGAUUAAGCCCACAACCUGGCUUCCAUUCCAUAUCAGGUACAGGAUUUGAUGUUAUUAACAUUUGUCAUCGUAUCUCAUAAGCGGGGCCCUGCCUUGUCUGUCUAGGCCCGUUUGGGGCUCCCUGUGAGUGAUUCCCCUCUCUCUGCUAUGCUGGAGAGGGUUCCAGCCUGGAACGCGGCCAAGUUCAUCUUCUCACUGUGAGUGGAAGCUGGACUGGGCCCCUGUAGUCCUGGCAGCCCUGUUGUCUGGAGGGUUCUUGUUGUCCCUCACAUUAGCCGGGGUGGAGACUGUCUGGGCUGUGCAGGAGCAGGGUUGCUAGCAGGUUCUGCUUCUGCUUCUCUCUGCUCCACUGUCUGCAGGCCAGAUCCUGUUGGGCCUGGCUGGUGUCUGGUAGCCAAUGGGCCUCCACUGACCCAUCCCUCUCUUUUAAACUGUCAGGUCAUUAUCAGGCAUAGGCAGCCAUAGGGCCCAAAGAAGGCAAAAAGAUAAGAUUUACUUACUUAAGUAGAUUUGGGCAAUGAGGAAGGAAAGGUUUCAAAUUUAAGAGCAGAAGUGAGAGAAUGAGCCAGUUCAUGUACCUGCUGCAACUGAACCAGAGUGGGUUUUCAAGGCUCCCGGGUGUAGAGUAGAAAACGUGCUCUUCUGAAUGAGGAGGGAGAAGGUAAAGGAAACUUCUAGCCUUAGUGCUUUGUGCUUUGUCCUUAGUGCUUUGAGGAUUUUAUUUUCUCCCUUACCUACCCUUGCUUGACAUCACUCUGUCUAGACCUCCAAACAGCGGGACUCUUUCUCUGGGAAACUGUCCUUCCAAAACGAAAUCUAUGUAGAAACAUGGGACAUUAGCCAGAGAGCUCAGAUGGCCCUUUUAAGGGGGCUCCAAGAACCAACAUCACUGCUCUUUUAGAUAAACCUCUGCCCUCCACUCCUUGCUUGAGUGAGUUAAAGGAACUAACAAUUGUCCCUUUAGGAGGACACAAUGGGGUCAAGAGGACGCAGAAGAGUUGUAUAGCACCAGAUUGGUUCCAAAUAAUUAAUGGAUGUGUGCGCAUUUUCUGUUCAGGAAUUAAGACCAGAAUAUCAGUGGAUUUGUUUUCCCCAUCAAGUGGCCUCUUAGACUAGUCAUUAACUUAUGAUUAGCUCUAAAGAUUUCAAAUAGUGGCAGACAUUGGCUCCUGAAUGUAAGUUUUGAGAAAUACGAGUCUGUCAGAGCGACCAUAAGCAAUAAAGAGUAAAUCUCUUAAUUAUAUUUUUCAUCAUGUAAACAGGUUUCCCAUUUCCCUUUCUUAGAUUGCACCAGUGAAAGAGCUAUCUUGCAAAGAUUCAGAGAACUAAUUUUUCACUGGAUAAGACCUGCGUAACCCAGACCCCCCCAGUGUGGUUCUUUUCGCAGCUCUCGACUUUGCACUUAAAAAGGGAUAUUGUAAAUGAAAGGCUGCAGUGCCAGUUUUAAGAAAGAAUUUCUGUGAAGUGUGAGGACUCUGGAGUCUAGCUCACAUAAAGAGAGUGUUAUAUAAAAAUCCGACAGCUGAACUAGGUUGCUCUUUUUUGGCAGGGAGUGGGGAUGAGAUUUGACACCAAUAUGGGCAAAAUUAGAUAACCUUUUGGUUAAUAUAAAUGAUUUUGAUUUGGAGCCCUGAUUUGUAGAUUGUGAAAGCAGCUUUUAGUUCAACUUAUUCACAAACCCCCUAUAAUUACCAUGUUUUUUUUUUCUUCCUAAAUCUCUCGGUUCAGCUUGUGAAUCUUACGUGCCCAUGAAGUUGGGAUGUUGAAUUGGCUCUUCUUUAUUCUGGCAGGGAGUCAAUGUCCAGCAUUUUUUCACAAGUGUUUUAUUAAAAUUGUUUUCCAGCAUUUUAUGACUCUUCCCUCCCAUGUCCCCAGACCCAGCAAAAGCGUAGAGGCAGAAUCAGAGGCCUCUCCAGGCCAGCUCCUCUGCACACAUGUCAUACAAGGUGUGAAACUGAGCACAGUCCAGAAAUGGGGACAUCCCACCCCCAGUUGAAUAAUGGCCCAUUCAUGCUGACCUUGCCAACACAGAGAGGGCAGAGAUGCACGAGAAGACCUUCAUCCUCCCCUUCAUCUGCCCCAAGUCACUACAGUUGGUUCUGUUAAAGCCAGUCUUUAAGAAACCUGGGUUAAAUCCACCAGCCCUUCUGCUCGCUGGGCUGGCUGGACCUGUGAAGCCGUGGGCAGGUAGUGCCCUCUUGAGAGUCAUUUUGUUUGGCCACCUUCAACUGAGGCUGUCCAUAGACACAUGCUAGGAUAGGCCCCACUGGGAGAGCAGUUACAGGAGGGAGUAAGUGGUGGUGAUGUGGGGGCUGUGAAGGAUCCGGAGACAAGUCUUAGAUGUUUCAUUCAUUCAUUCAUUCAUUCAUUCAGUUACUCCUAAGCCUUUUCAGUUUCAUAAGGAAGAGUGUUGCCUGAGGCCCUGGGGAAUAUCAGGGAAUAGAAGGGAUUGAGGAAACAUUAAUAGUUAUUCAAAACACCCAAAUGCCUAUGCUUCUCUCUCCCUCCUUCUCUCUCUGACACACACACACUCACAUUCCUCCCUUGCAUGCUCAUUUGUGCCUUAAAUGUGCCUUAUAUGUAAAUCCAGGAUGACUGAGGAAUCCCUCGUCGCUGGGAGAUUUUGUAUAUAUUCUUCCAUUACUAGAUUGAGGUGGGUGUGGGGGAAAGAAUUUUUUCCAAAGGCUGAAAAGUGGUUUCCUAAAAGUGAGCCACUAUCAGAUUUGCACAUCAGGAGAAAAGAAAUAGGGUUACAUCCAUUAGGAAAAUCCCAGUUUGCAGGAGUGCAAUCACAUCAGAAAAACAACCAGCCAGGAUUAAAGGUAUUAUAAAUCCUCACAGUGGAACAUUUCUCAGGGCAAAGGAACCCGGCCCAUUUGAAGAUUAAUGUUCCAUGCCUUUGUGGUCAAAGGGUCGGUACUUAGCACAGGGAAAAACUCGGUGGUGUUUUGUUUUGUUACUUUGGACAACAUAAAAUUCAGGAAUGUUUUAUUUAGUCUUGGUUUCUAGAAGGAAGGGAAAUAAUAUUUCUUGAGCAUUUACUAAGGUGUUGGGAGCUGUGCUAAGUAAGUGUUAAGUCUUUCAGUUUUAUAGAUACAGAAAACAAGGAUGACUCUUUACCACAGGAUGAAUAAAGAACUAAGUAAUGUGGGAAAUGCAACAAUUUCCGGACUAGCUGAGCCGAUUCCUUCCUGUUAUCACACUGUAAGCUUUCAAGUUCUCUGGGCAGGAAUUAUAGCACCUGUCCCCUGCAAUGGCCCUGCUGUGCAAUGCUCAUUGCUUCCCUUCAUGCUGGAGCAGCCCCCCAGGUGUCCAUCUCCUACCUUUUUGUUCCAAUCUUCUGUAAGUUCCAGCUAGCAGGCUUUACAUCUGGGGAAAGGAAAACCAGGGGUUUUAGCUCUGUUCUCUGCUCCCAUCCUUUGCUCACCAGCUGAGUGAGAACAUGAACUUUUUGCACCAUGUACCCAUGGCUUACACUACUUAGAAAAUCACCUUUUCGGAUAAAACACUUUCUGAGUUCAUGGAGAACACCGGCACUCUUUGACAAAACUGUGAGUGACCCUUUUUAAACAAUGCUGAGCAGACCCUGGGCUAUAAUCAACAGUGAGCUUUAAUGUCUAUGCUGACAGUUAGGUUUUGCUCUUUUUUGUAACAGGUUACGUAGACCAGCAGUGUUUAAAUCUAAAUAGGUUGUGAGUCUGUUAUCUGUCCUAUCGCGUUUUUUAAAUGACUUUUUAUUCUUUAUUAUAGCUAAGUAAAUACCAAAAAAAAAAAAAAAAAAAAAAAGCUUUGUAGGACACUUGUACUUAGUUUGGGGAAAAAAAUAAAUUGAAAUUGUUAUGCUUUUGUAUUUCCAUUUCUUGCAAAUAAAUAUUUUUUCUUAAAUAGUAAGAUGUUGCCCAGUCUUUACAAUCUUGGUACUAUUUUGAAAAGCAUUUUUUUUUAUGAGCAUGGAUUUGUGUAUGUGUGCCGAACGAACCAUUCUUUCCUGGAUAUCUACUUGGCCUGAAAGAAGAGCCUCAAACCAGCAAUCGGCAUGUUAUAUAGGACUGAAUCCAAGCCUUAGUUGGAGGAAUAUUGCGAAUGUAAUUGUUUUUUUCAGGCAGCCACGGGAAGAAAAACAGUAUCCUCUAGCGACUUCUGCAGCCUGACUGUUAUUUUUGUUGUCUCCUCUAACCAUUCCCUAACUAGAUUUCAACUGUCUGUGGAUUUGAUUUUGCUUUCCCCAUCUCUGGUUGCUUGAGAAAGAUCCUUUGGACUUGAGCCAGAAAGGAAUGAUCCUUCUUCCUACGAACAGUUGCAGAGGAUGUCUAACAGAUUCAUGCUCCAGAAAUUCUGAUGAAAUGGUUGAUAAAGGUCAAUGCACUCAAGCAGAGUAAUUUUCAUUCCAUUACAAUGUCUGGAUCCAAAUGUAGCUUUCUUCACUCAGAGACUGGGGGCUUCGUUUAGUCUCAGACUGACUUGGGAUGUUAGAAACUAAGGCCAGGGACUGUGCUCACUUGGAAAAACGAAACAAAAUGUGGGAUUUUUUGGUUUGUUUCUUUUGUGUGUUGUUUUUUCCUUAGCAGCAUGCCCAACCCUGCCCUGGCCUUGAGGGUACAUUGAUCUGCUCUAUCUUGUCCUCAUCAGAGCACCUUGGCUUUCUGUUGUCACACAAGGGGGCCUUUCCCUUCAGAGGCUUUGAUUAUCAUGCCCUACUCUUUCUUUUAUGGGGAAUCUGUUUCUGAAGCCCCCCACCCCCCAAUAUGCUGAUAUCUUUUCAGUGGUGUGUGGAGAGGGCAAAUACUCACUGAUUUGAGAAUGUUCUGUGUUAAUCAUGCCUUUCCAUUUUCUGAAUUUCUAAUGCUUUGACAUCUAGGGCCUUGCUGACCCUGGAGGAGCCGCCCCUGCCAGGGCUAGCCCAUUCCUAGCUUAGGAGCAUGCCUUUCAUAUACAAACUGACCUGGAGCCCAUAGCCCAGCCACCUCCUCUGUGCCCUCUCAUACUCUGGGCCACUCUCCUCGUGCCCUAAGUACCCUAGGGCCAGGUACCAGACAACUAGACACGGUCUCUAACCCCGCAGCCUACUGAAAUUACUCAAACUAGACAAUCCAAAGCCUGUGUACCCUGCCUGGCCUGUUUUUUCCUGUGUAAACCACAAUAAAAGCCCUUGCUUGCA